ACAUGUAGUGGUUCAGCCAGCGACCAUAACCCUGAAAACAGAAGGAGAGGAAACACGUUGAGGAGACGACAGAGAGGAGCUGGCCAGCGCUACCACGCAGAGCUCGCCGCUGUAGUUAGAGAGGAUUUUCUUUUAUUAAUAAAUCGCUGUUUGCGUGUAAAUCAGAGCAGAUUAUCUGUCCUCCGUGAAGCACACGCCGAGAGGACGAACACAGAUUCUACACCCUGAUCUGCUGAUCUACUGCUGGAGGAAUGGCUGAACCAGAAGUGAACCCAAAGGCUUACCCACUGGCCGACGCUACGCUGACCAAAACAAUCCUGGACUUGGUACAGCAAGCGGCCAACUACAAACAACUGAGGAAAGGCGCCAAUGAAGCCACCAAAACUCUGAAUCGUGGUAUCUCAGAGUUCAUAGUGAUGGCUGCAGACGCUGAGCCUCUGGAGAUCAUCCUUCACCUGCCUCUGCUCUGUGAAGACAAGAACGUCCCAUACGUGUUUGUGCGCUCCAAGCAGGCCUUGGGCCGAGCGUGUGGGGUGUCCCGACCCGUCAUUGCCACUUCUGUCACCAUUAAAGAAGGCUCGCAGCUCAAGCCUCAGAUACAGUCGGUGCAGAUGGCUAUUGAAAGACUGCUGGUCUGAUUACAGCUCUGGGAGCUCAUCAGUCCACGACGAUUACUACAGCUAUACACGGUGUAUAGACGUGCUAGUUUGAUUCCUAAUUUGGAAUUUCACCAGAAGGGGUUGUUUCUCUUCUUGCAUUUCUGUUCUUUUUUUUUUUCUUUUUUAAAUAUCAUUUAUUUGAUUUUGGUGGACUGUUUAAAUUUAUUUUACUUUUUUAACUUUUGUAAAAUGAGUUAAACAUUCAGUGUGCUGAUGCACAAAUGCAUGUGAGUCUCCUAUGAUCACUUAUUUUUCAUGAUUGUAAUAAACUGCUUACAAACA